UUUGUAUACAGAGUUGGAAAUGUUUUUAUGCUUUUCUGUAGGCGGUCGUUUAAUGCUGGAAUUCUGAGAAAAUAUCUAAUAUUUUAACUAAAACUUCAGUUUAGUCACACAUUUGGAAUCAGAGAAAAUUAUGUCUAAUUCAAGCUCAACUGAGGUUGAUCAAGAUGCAUUUGUAAAAUCGGAGCUUAGCAAAUUCAUAAUGGAGCAUACUGGAUUGGAUGCAUUAAGUUCGAUUGAUGAAAUCGUCUUAAGUUACAUCAUUGGUGUAUUGGAGUCCCUGGGAAGUGCUAAUUCUCCUGAUGAUGUAUUUGAUGUUGAUGAGUUUGCUGAAAUGAUGACUGCGUAUCUUCCUUCAUUUUCAAAUAUUCACAGUUCUCAUACAUAUGCAUGGAUGCUUAAUUUAGCCAACAGACUUAAAGAAAACUCUAGAGAAAAAGGUAAAAGUACACCUGGGUUAGCUGAAGGAAGUCUAUUUAUGGCUUGUGAAAGGCAACGUACGACGUCAGAAAAUAGUAAUCAAAGUAGUGUCAGUGGACGCAGGCAACGUACUCGCUCUAGGAGGAAAUCUUAUCAGAGUUCAAACAGUUAUAGUUCAAGUCAAUCUGAAGAUGAUGAGAAGUGUAUAACGGUUGAUAAUUUUGAAAGUAGUGAAUUAGAAACAUUGACUGAAAUGUUUCCACAUCUCCAUAUUGUGGAAGUUAAACAGUUCCUUAGUAUAGCUGAUGGUAAUUGUGAAAAAGCAGUUCAACUUAUAUUACAAAAAGAAGAAAGUGGUCUUGCUUUGAAUAAACCUUUAAUAUCCAAAAGUAAUGGACCUCAUGUUUUAAAUUCUAAAGAAAAAGUGGUAGAGGAUAAGCAACUACGGGAACAAAUUUUAAAACGCUAUGCAUAUAUUGAUCAAGAUGACGAUGUUCGAGAACAUAAGCCUGUUGUUCCUAAGACAGAACCUAAAAAGCUCAUUCGUUAUCGUGAUAACAAAAUAGUGAGCAUUAAAGGAGAGAGAUAUUCUGAAAUAAAAAGGCCUGAAGGCGAAGGUGAUUCGAAAUGAUUAUCUUACAAUCAUAAAAAUUUGAAUGUUGUAUUCUAAAAAUACAACUAAAUCUUUAUAUUUUCAUAUUGUUUGUGCAGUGUGUUUUCAGUUAUUAUAAAAUGACUGCAUUUUAUGUGGAAUAUUUUGCAUAUCGCUGGAGCUAAGCUGUAGUUAUGCUAUAGAACAAAUUUGAUGGAAGUUUUGAUAUUUUUUUUUUAGGGUUUAUAAAUUAAUUUGGCACUGAAUGUUCCAAAUAUUUUAUUGCAUUUGUUUGUCUUUUAUUAUUAUAUAUUUAAUAUAUCUACUACAAAAGGCGGUGAGAGCUUAAUAUUGUUUAAUUAACCAUCUUCCAACUUUUCUUCACAUUCCAUCCUGUUUUCUUAUUUUGGAUAUUUAUGAUUUUGAAACAAAGAUACACGUUUAAAGAAGUGUUAUUCCUAAUAUAUGCAUAUUCGUUGAGAAAAAUAAGUGAUGUCAAAAGGAUAUCCUUUGUAAUUAAAUUUCUGAUAUAAUAUUUACAUAUUGUAAAUAAACUAUUACAUUAUCAUGAACAAUGGACUUUCUCUUACUGUAUAUUUUAACCUGUGAUCUAUAUAUCUACACAUUUUGUUAAGGAGACAGUAUUAUCACCUUUGUUUUUAUUUUUAGCAUAUUUUAUAUCUUACUUAAACGUUUGAAAUUUUUCUCAUUCAUGUGAUUUUGGGCUCUUUUGCCUUCCAUUAAAAAGCUCUCUUAGUUCAUACUGUGAUAGAUAUUUCUCACAAUAUAUGAUUUGUUGUCUAGAUCCUUCCCUCCCCCCUACCAUAUAACUCCAUCUGAUAUUGAUUGAUCAUCUAUGUAAACAUUGAUGAAUUUUCGAUUCCUAAGACUUUAUCUGUAAAGAAUGAGAAUUCUUUUGUGUGCAUAAAGCAUGCAUUCUCUUAUAUAUUUUUUAUUCUAUUUGAAACAUUUUUGUAAUUAUAUGUUUGUAAAUAGUAUUUUUUGUGCUCCCUCACUUUUUUUACUAUAUGUUUUUGAGUAUUUUUAGAUGCAUCAGUCUAUCAUAUUAUUAGGUAUGUAUGUUACUUGUACACUUAUGCUGUAAAAAAUGUAUUUUAACUAUUCAUUAUUUACAACUUAUUUUAUAUUCUCACAUGUUGUGAGAUGAAACAUUCAAUAUGAGUAUUAUUUUUUAUUCUUUUUAACCAUAGGUUGAUUUUAAGAUUUUGUAUUCUCUAUGACAGUACUUCUUUUUCUCAGCGAGUGCAUUUCAAGAUUGUAAACACUGUGUCCACAAUUUUGAUUAUGUUUUCGAAGUUCCCUCUCCCAUGCCGCCGUCACCACAAAGAAAAAAUCAGAUAGAACUGGAAGAUUUUUUAAAAUCUUUUUUAUGUUAAUAAUUUUUAGUGUACCUUCUUUAUAUUGGCCUUUGAAAAAAAUAUGGCAUUUGAGGUUUUCUUACUGAUUGAUCCAUUUACUUUUAUAAUAGAUUUUGUAUAGUUAUCAAAUUCUUAACAAUCAAAUAAAGUCAAUUGUAAUUGUAAUUAUCAAAUCAAAUCCAUUAUAAUUAUCAAAUAAAAUCUAUUAUAAUUAUCAAAUAAAAUCUUAAUUUACAGUUUUUGUUUGUAAUUCAAUUGAAUUGAAUACAAACUUUAGGAUUUUUAUUUGACUAUCAAGUUAUUAAAGUCAAUUCAACUAUGAAACUAACAUUUCAGAUUUAUUUUAAUAACCAAAAUGAAAAAAAAAAUUGUUUCUUAUCUAAAAAAACAGCAACGAGAAUAGCAAUAAAUAACUCAAAGUAACACAAUGGUAAAUAUUUUAUCUUGUCGUAAUUAGGAUUGCGUGUAUUUUGUUGUGACUCCAAUUAUUGCCACGUUUUAGAAAAAUAAUUUUAUUUACAAUUUAACUAAAGAAAUUAAACAUUUGAUUUUUACUACGAGCUUCACUGAGGCAGUGCGCGAGUGAAUUCCGAAGAGAAGGAGAGAGAAUAGCUUUUUUAGAAGCAUACCCGGAUGAUGAGCGGCACGGCAAUUACAUCACACACAGCCUCGACGGAGCCAAUAGUUUACAGAUAUCUGAUAUGAUUUAUGAUAUAUAUAUAUAUGAUUUAUAAUAGGUAUAUAUGAUUUAUGAUAGCAUUCACUACAAUCUUAUAAUGUAUCUGUAAUAUAUCAUAAAAUACCGGAAUCAAUUCCCUUGAUGUCAUGAUCAUAUGGCUAACUUAACAGCACAUGUCAUUUAACGGUUAAUUGGACAUUGUCUUAUCUCUUAAAGGAUGUGAUAUUAUGACAUCAUAUCCAUUUUCACUCAAGAUGUAUGAUGAAUUCCAAAAAUAAAUUUUUACAAUACAUUUAGUAUGUAUUAUGUGCGCAUGAGUUGAUUCCAUCAUAUUUACCGUAUAAUAAAAAUUGUUUGUUUUGUAUUACUGGUAAUGAGUUGGGGGGAAGAAUCUCAUGUUAUUAGUUUUUUGAAUAAGUUAAUCAGUGCAGCUACUUUUGAAGGUAAUGUUCGUCUUGUGUAAAUUUUUUUCUGGCUUAGAAUAUUUAUGUGUAUUAUAUUUUUGAAAGAUUAAGGUUAUAUGCAUUUUAUUAUAAUCUAAAUGCUCUUCAUAGUAUUAUUCCAAUUUGUUAAGUUUGUUUUAUUCUUAUCUUCAGUUAUAAGCAUCUAAUCAAACGUAUUGCGUAUUUCUCUUUUAGCCUAAAUGUUUAAUUAAAUUUUUUUUUUGUUUAAUGAUUCCAUCUUUGAAUUUGCUAUUUCUAUAAAUGAUACGGAAUCAAAUGAAUAUGGUUUGAGUUUUAGGCUGCACAUACGUGUCUCUAUAAAAUGUAUCUUGAACAACUACAUUCACGAAAGUUUGCAGAAUGUCUGAUAAAAUGAAAACAACUGCUGACUGUGGGACCAUUACAUAAUUUUGAAACGGUUUGUAAUGUUAGACUGUUUAUGUAAAUUUCUUUUUGUUUGAUUAUUUUUGUAAUGAAACGGCGUCUCUUCAUUGUUAAGACACAUGACAUAUACUGGUCUUUCGUGCAGUCUUUAAAUUGCAAAUGUUCUGAUAUUCAUUAUAUCUUAUAUUAUUAUGUGUAAAUGUUAAAGUUAAUGAUAGUCUAUUGAAGAUCAUUAACUGAUGUGUCAUAUGUAUAGUUAUGUCUGCAUUAUUAUACCUCCCUUACCUAUCUAAAAUGUUUUGCAUUUAAAUCUCAAGUUUAAAUGUAUGAAAAAAGAUUUCUGUUAUAUAAAUUUAAAGGAACUUCAGUAGUUUAAUUUGUGAGAUGAGAUACUGGGUUAUCUAAAACCUUAUAUCGUCGUCGUUCUGGUAAAAGUCGGUAAGUGUCCGAACCUUUAAUUUUUAGGUAUUAUUAAUUUAAACGUUUUAAUUGUGUAAAAUAAUAAAAAUUAUUUUGUAGAUUUCUAACUCCUACAAUCUGUUUAUUAUGAUUUGAUAGCUGACUUAUAACAUGAAAUAAUGAAUUAGAAAUUCCAGUUGUCUGCAGUAGCUCCGCAGAAUUUUUUUAUGGAUUUAAUGGCUUUUACCUGCCAAAAUAUAUAUGGUUUCUGCAACUUAUUAGUAAUAAUUGUUUCACUUAAGUCAUUUGUUUAUAUCCUUGAUUUAUUUUUAUAAGUACAAAAUAUUCACUAAUAUAUUUAGAUGAGAACAGUAUAUUAUUAAUUAUAAUUUAUAUUGAUACUGCAGAUUAUUACAUUAGAUAUUUACAUUAAUGUUGUUUUUGUUAUUUAAUCUGUAUUUGUUAUUUAAUUUAUAUAAUCUGUUUAUAAUAAUUAUAAUUGCAACAUACAAUUAUUGUAAAACUUUAUAUUUAUUUUAUUGAAUAUGCUUAUUACAUUUCUAUAAAAAAUCAAUUUAAUUUUGUAAAUCAUUAAUAUCCUAGCUUUGCUCUGAAUUUGGAUACUUAGAGCAGGAUUGCAAACUCAAAUCUUGGAAAAAAAUUCCCUGUUUUUUUUCCUUGUAUGUAUAUUCAAGAUACAAGAAAAUGUGCGAAUGGCACUCAUUUGCUAGUUAUAAUGGAAUAUAGUUUUAAGAUUACAGUUCGGAAAUCUCAUGGAAAAAAGAAAAAAAAAAAAAAAAACUGUCCCGCAACUCGAAACUGGAAUGAUCUAUAUAGAAGAAAAGGUGUGAGUUUCGCAUUGCACAAUCGCGAAUGGUAUUGUUUCGUUUUUGGAACCUAUGACUACGAUCUUUUAUUUUUGCAAAACUUACUCGGCAUUUUUUAGAUGGAAAAAAAUAACUAAGAAACUUAAAAUACUCUGUAUUUUCCCUGUUUUAAAGAAAAUUUUAAAAUUUCCCUACAUUUCGGGUUUUUUAGACGAUUUUUAAAUUCUCUGUAUUUCUCGUUUUCCCGGUGGUGUGGCAAUCCUGUUAGAGUUGGUUGAAUUUGGCUGGGAUUUAUACCAGGAAUGAAAUUUUUGUGAUAUAAUUCCGUUUUUUACCUUUCUGAAUUAGGUUACAAUGCAGGGCAAGGGGAGAAGUAUACGCGUUUGAAAGUAUGUAAAUCCUUAAAUGUCCCCUAUCCUAGACAUAGAUUUUUGAAUAAUUCUCUGAAUAACAGUGUUAGAAAAAUAUCUGUGCGGGGAAUUUAUUCUAAAAGCGGGAAAUUUUACCUUCAGCUAGUUGACAUUAAUACCUUUAGCGUCCUUUGUUUUAUUCUGUAUAAGUAUACAAAGAUCGAGGAAAAUCACUCAACUUAAGUUCAUGGGCAUGGAGAAGCAUUCUUCCAUUUCCUAGCAUUGCAUGUUGCCUGAAGAUGCUCGCCCAGUUAUGCAAAUUGGGGAUUGACAUGUGUUUUUAUUAUAAUUCAUAAUACUGUGCAUACUAUCACAUUCCUUCACUGUACGUCUGAUUUCCAGAAAUUUUUGCUGAUUACUUUUCAGUAUGAGUUCUUGGAACCAAAUGCAAAUAUAAAACUGCUAUACUUUAGUUUCGAAUCUGAUCACCGCCGCCUAGGUCACAUUAGAAAAACAUUCUUUGGUAUAGCUCUGUCUCAUCAGAGGCUCAGGAUCAAAUUGAAUUUAAGAAUACAGCAUCCAGUCACCUGUUCAAAAAAAUCUUGAACAAACUUGAAUUUCUGUCUUCCCUUCCUACUAUGUUACCAACCACUUAGGUCAUUUUGCUUUCAGCGUUCAAGGGCCGGAGAGAAUAAUUAGCAUGCUAUUCCCAGCAAUGUUAGGUAAUCACUAAGUUCUCUUGUUGAUUGAUGCGCAUCAUCAACAAAACUAUCUACUAUCAUGCUAAAACUCAUUGAGUGGUUUUUACCUGAUGAUAUAAGUGCCUAUGAGACCAAACAGUGCCUAGACAGUGCCUAGAGACUUUUACCAAAUUUUAGAGUAUUAUUAGGAGAUAUCGAUGAGGUAUCUAUCUCGAAAUCAAAAUUUUUGUUUUUGUUGAUUUUUAUCUGAACGAUGACGAUAUAUCAUCACUUUUAAUAUUAGAAAUUGAUCUUGAUAAUAUAUUAUGACUUGUAGUUAUAUUCUGUAAUGUUUGUAUAAAUUAAGGACACUUAAUUUUGUUGUAUUUUAAUGAGCAUUUAUUUUCUAAGAAAUUCAGUAUUAAAUUAAUUCUUCAUUUCAUUUGUAAUAUUUGAUUUUUCCCACCGAUUUUUUUAAACAUUGUCAUUCUUUCAAUUGUUUUACAAGUGAGAAUUUUAAUUUAUAUAACCUAAUAAAAAGAAACUGCUGUUAUUAAGCUGUAUAUUCACUAAUGAUAAUGAUUGCUCAAGUUUGAUUUCUGGAAGAUAAGGUACAAAAAUUCUUUAAAUGUUUAGUAGAAAUGAACUGAAAAGUUAAGACGCUGUAUUUUACCAUACUCGAAUCCAUAAUCUUGGUAUUAUCACCCAAUUGAAAGCUUGAUGCAAGUCUACUAUUUUUAGGCAUAAGCAACAAGAGUAAAUUCUGCUUUCGUCUAGCUCAUUGCUAUUCGAUUAUGGUCACAUACACGUCAAAUUUGACCCAAAAUUCGAUAAAAAUCUACGAUUUUGGUUUAAAGACCACUCAUCAUUCCUGCAUAUCGUUUUCUGUUAUUAUGUUCAUUUACGCAUCUAUAGACAGAUUAUUUCAAAAUCCAGGAUGUUUGAAAUGUGGAAUGUGUCAAAAUUUCAAAGUCCAAUUUUUUUUUAUUAUUACAUAUUUUCUCUUAUAUGAAAAAGAAAUUUCUUUUUUUAUUGCAUUUUAUUACUUAAAAUGACAUGAAAAAUAUUUUAUGAUUGAGUGAUUUUGUUCCACUUCAUAGCAUUUGUCAAUUGACAAAUUUUAUCCACAGUAUUUUUAAUGAAUACCUUGAAACUGUCACUCUAUUUAUUUAUAUCUGAAUCUUGUGCGGUAUAAUUAUUUUGCUUUAUAAUUUUUUGUGAAAGUGAGUAUAUUUUUUUUUUACUAUUUUUUAUUUGAGUUGAUUAUCGGCUGUUGAUUUCCACAUAUUUUUCGUUCAAUUAAACAAAUUUCAUAUGAGCAAUACUUAUCAAUAUCAAGGUACUCACUCAUAAGGUGAGAGAUUGGCUUAUUUAAAAUAAGAUUUAUGAUAUUUCUGUACAGAAAUAAUCUGCAGAAUUUUCUUAAACCAUAAUAUAUAUAUUAAAUUUUCGUACUUUUUAGAUCCCUCACCUUUUUCAUAUUUGGCAAUUUUAGAUAGCUAUUCCAGUGCCUUUUCUUUUUUUCUUUUAAGCCGGAGCGAAAAUAUGAAUAUGUUGAUUGGUAGAAUCUGAGUUGGAUUGCUUUAAAAUUUUAGGUUGAUCAAGAAACCAUUUAUACUUUUAAAACUCCAGUUCUUUGAACUUUUUUCUUUUUAUGAGUUGGCCUGUCCUAUUCAAGUAUAUCAUCUCUGUAGAAAUUUCACACGUUGGAAACUUGUUAAUUUUGCAUGAUUGUUGCGCUACAUAUAGCCAAUAGACUUUUAUGUUGUAGAAAGAAAAGGCUUAUUAAAAAUAGUUUUGGACUGACACACUGUAAGUUAUUAUUAUUAUCCUUUUUCCACUUCAUAGCACCACUUCUUUCAGAGAUGUUUUUUUGCUAACACAUUUGUCAUUCAAAUUUUUUCUGACUUAAUUUGUUCAAGAUUUUUUUAAAAAAAUGUUAUUCAACUUAUUUUGCAACUUUUAAUUUUCUAGAUAUGAACAAUUAUAUUUCAUUUUUAAGAAUGUAGAAUUUUAGAGGUAAAUUAUUUAAAGAAAUAUUGAAUGCCGCAUCCUAGACUAAAAAGUAUAAUUUUUGUUGAAAAUAAAUUUUUGUGAUCUAAAAGUAUAUAUUCUUUAUAAAUUUCCUAUGUAGUAAAUUAUAUCUUAUUCAUACUGAAAAUCGAAGAAAGUAUAAUUUUUAUAUUUGUGUUGUAAAAAAGAAAGUUGAACUUUUUGAGACACUUGACCAUUUUCUGCUGCUUAAUGAUGGUUCAGCUAAUUAAAGGUAGAAUUAUUUUUUUUCUUUCUGUAUAAAUUAAAAUGAACUGUAUACUUUUAUUCUUAUAUUUUAUUCUGUAUUUUCUAAUAUUAUCCAGAUUAACUGUAUUUGUUAUCUAAAAAUUCAUUUUUAGAUUUUAAAAAAAUAUAUUUUUUGUAAAAGAAAUUCAUUUCAAUCUUUUUUAUGGCUCUUCCAUUUGAAAAUAUUUAUUGUUUUAAAAAAGUGCACAAUUUUUGCAUGUAGUAUUUUACAUUGUUUUUAGGUUUCUAUGCUAGUCUUGUAAAUGUUAUAAUAAUAUUUGUCUGUAUGAAAUAUUAGUUCCUGAAGCGUAAUGGAUUUGUGCUGGUAUUGUAUUGUAUAUUUACCAGUUAUGAGUUUAGUAAACACAUGUGAUAUUUAUAAUGGAUUACAAAGCUCCAAUUAACAUUUGAUUUCGUUGCCAUGUUUGUCACUUUGUUAAUUAGUUUGACGGUUUUCUUUUUUCUUUCUGUAUAUUUAAUUUUUCCUUUGUAAAAUGGUAUGAAAUGAUAAUAAAAGUAUUUCA